AACACACCUCCGCGAGCUCUGAGCGCGCAGCGCAGCCGGACGAAGACACAACUCUGAACUUGACAGGAUUAUUUGAACGGGAUUCAGACUUUUAUGCGCUGACACUGAACUCACGAGAGCUUUGCUGGACUCUCAGUUGAAUUAUUUUUUAAUCAACAUUUCUCUAAAAUCGGGGACAUUUUGAGCGGUGAAGCGCCUGCAUGCUCUCUGAAUAUUGUUGAUUAUCCCACAGACUGAUUUUCUAGAAGCAGCUGGUAAGCUUCUCCCUUUAUUUCCCUACGACUUUAUGUCAACAAAGAUGGAACAGCCUUUUUAUCAUGACGACUCGUUUCUGUCGGCUUACGGCCACUCAGAAGCAGCAAUGCACGACUACAAACUGCUAAAGCAGAGUAUGAAUAUGAAUUUGAACUUGACAGAGCCGUAUCGCAACCUGAAAUCCCAGCUGAGAGCCGAGGCGGACCCGUACCAGCAGGCGGGGGGGCCCCAGCAGCAGCAGGACGCGCAGGGCUCCCUGAAGCUCGCCUCGCCUGAGCUGGAGAGGCUCAUCAUCCAGAACAGCGGGGUGAUCACCACCCCCACCCCGGGCCAGUACUUCUACAACCGGGGCAUCACCGAUGAGCAGGAGGGCUUCGCCGAGGGGUUCGUGAAGGCGCUGGACGAGCUCCACAAGAUGAACCACAUGCCCCCUCCGAACGUGUCCCUGGGUGCCGGCGGGGUGACGACGUGCUCGACCUCCAGCGUGUUCGGCUCCGCGCUGCAGCCGGAGGCUCCCAUCUACACGACGCUGAACGCAUACUGCCCCAACACCAGCAUGUCCUCUUCCGCGUCCAGCUGCCCCACCGCCACCAUCAGCUACCUGCCGCCCCACCACCAGCAGAGCCACACGCAGACCUCCGCGCACCACUUCCAGCCCGCCCUGGCCGGCUCCGGCAUGCACCCGCAGCGGCUCGUCGCCCUGAAGGAGGAGCCCCAGAUCGUGCCGGACCUCCUCAGCAGCGACGGCUCGCCUCCCAUGUCCCCCAUCGACCUGGAGACGCAGGAGCGGAUCAAGGCGGAGCGCAAGCGGCUGCGGAACCGGCUGGCGGCCACCAAGUGCCGGAAGCGCAAGCUGGAGCGCAUCGCGCGCUUGGAGGAGAAGGUGAAGGUGCUGAAGAACGACAACGCGGGGCUCUCCAACACGGCGUCGGUGCUGCGGGACCAGGUGGCGCAGCUCAAACAGAAGGUGCUGACGCACGUGAGCAGCGGCUGUCAGCUGAUGCUGACCAGCAAGAUGGAGGCGUUUUAGGACGCGGGGAGCACUAAGUGACUGAAGUUUAAAAAAACAAACACUGGAGGCGUGAUCCGUGCGCCCAGCACUGAGCCAGGACAGCUCUGAGGACAGUUAGGGGUGGACAGACUGAUGAAAUGGUACUGCCGGAUGCUGGUCACCGCUCAGAACCAUUCCCCCCCUCCAGGGCAGCAUCCAAGCUGAGGGCAGCACAGCUGGCCCCAAAUGCUCCACAAUGGGAAUGAUUUAUUCUUUGUACUUCGUUUGAAACCGAUAAACAA